AGCGAUUCCCAGUGAUGGGUGUGCGUGCGUGUGCGUGAUGCCGGGCUGUAAUGAUGGGUGACGUGAUGAUGAUGGUGGUGGGGAGGAGGAGGACGAGAGGGAGGAGGAGGAGCCACCAGGAUUCCCCUCUCAUCUCACUCGUGUGCCCUGCGCCGGCUGCGAAGGCACGGGAUUAUCGUCAUCGGCAGGAGCAGCAGCAGGAAGAUGAUCGGCAGCAGGAAGAUGAUCGGCAUUGUCGACCCCGAGCCAGCACCGGGUCACCGCUCGCUCGAUGAAUGGAGGCGCUGUUGACUGCGCUCAGCGUGGAUGCCGUGAAUAAUGUUCCACGUCGAAGGUGCGUUAUUAACUCGGUUUAACAGUUUACGUUCAAUUGAAUGAGUAUUUACGUUGAGGCGUCGCGUAUCGCGAAGACCGACAUGUCUUAAAUAUUACGUUGAUCUGUGAUGUUAUCAUAAGGACGGCGUUGAUGUGCAGCGAGUGCAUCAGAUGGGACUGCUGCCGAUGACGAAUGCUGGCUGGUCGGAAUAUGCAGAGCGAUUGAUCUAUUUUGACAUCGUAUUUACCGAGUCGCAAUACGACACAAGUUAUGGAAUGAACAACAAUAACAGCAGCAACAACCCACAACAACAAUAAUAAAAGACGAAACCAACAACAACAAAGACAACAACACCAUAAUCACCAACAAUUAUACAAAGACGGAGGCAACAACAAAGACAACAUCAGCAACAACAUCAGCAACAACAUCAACAACACCAUCAACAACAACACCAUCAACAACGACACCAUCAACAACAACAACAACGACACCAUCAACAAGAACACCAUCAUCAACAAUAUCAUCAACAACAGCAGCUGAACGAAUCUUUGACAAGCCAUUGAUCACGUGCGCUUUUUUGUUGACAUCGACUGAACCUGACGUCGACAACAGCCGUCGAGUUGACGCCAAAAUCGAUCGUCAGCUCUCGGAAUAGUCGGAGGAACCUUUCAAAUGGGACACCUUUGACGUCGACCUAACAUUGGAUGACACGUAAACCAAAGUGGACAACAACAACAACAAUAAGUGAGCCCUGCAACUCGCGCGAAAGGGGGCUGCGAGAGUCGCCGUUCGAUUUCGGCAGCGGUUCGGGCCGUGAGCCCGCAGGGGGUCGAUCACGGAUCGAUGAGCACGUGUGUGCAGGUGAAGAGAGGUGUGCGUAUAGGCCGAGUUUAUGAAGGGCAAAAAAGCAGCUGCUUGUGUGACGAAGGGCGUCGAGGUGGGCUUGCAUGCUGUGGUCGGGCUCCGCAGAGGUCACGACCUACCCAGCCACGUUGAGAAGUCGCUGGGCUCCACCAAACCCAAUCCUCUCAGGUACAGGUGACCUCACCUGUACUCCCCCCCCCCCCCCACUUCUCUACUCGCACUGCUCCACUUUGUAAUUGCCUCAACGUCGGCCACUUUACCCUCAUCCCCUGUCACCUUGCUCUAUUGAAGGAAUUUAGUCACUCCUUUUCAACUAUUCUACUCGCUAAUAGUGCCGCUUAGCGCUGUGUGCGUAGUUAAACCUCUCUUGUCCAUGCUAAGGUCGACGUCCAUACCCAUCGGUGACGACUUGUGUAUAUUUAAUUAAGAAGUGUCUGCGUCAGUGCAGGUGUACAAGUCCACAUUAGUACAGGUGUGUGUGUAGCUAUUGUAUUAGUCCCAUCAGGUGCAAUUGCUUGGGCAGGUGCAUACGUUGAUAAGAGACAGCUGCUUGGAGGCAGCAUCUCGUGCUCACACACCAGGCAGGAGAGGUGUAUGACUGCAAGCUCACUUAGGACAGGCGUGGGUGUCUUUGUGGCGUAGUAGACAUGUACAGCGAGGCUUUAUUGGGGUGGACUGCACAACUUGGAGGCCAGAUGGCUCUGCAAAACAAGCCGACCUUCCCAAGGAUCCCCCUUCUCCUCGCCUCCAUCUCAUGUCUCCUCAUGGCCCCAGGAGUUGUGAGUUCCGGCAAUGGAACCUCUACCAACACCACCACCACCAUCGCCCCCCACAACACCUGGACAGGCAGCCAAGAUCCAGGGAGUGAACAGCCCCUGUUGUUGUCCUCCUCAAGCUCGCCUUCCUCCUUUUCCUCGUCAUCAUCCUCCAAUUCCGCUCCCUCCACCGCGUCCACGGACGCUUCCUCCUCUACCGAGGACGAUCAGCUGCUGCUGAGUGCUGCUGAGACACGGGAAGAGACCCCUGGGACAACCAGAACAGAGCUGGAGGAACGAGGAAGGCCAUCCAGCACAGCAGGCGCCGCCCCGACCUUGAGCCCCACGGAACACGGCGCCACCGCCACCGUCACCGCCGCCACCGCCGCCACCGCCGCCCCCGGCGACAUCGCGCCCCUCACCAUCUCACCGCCACCCGGAGGAGGAGGAGGAGGAGGAGGAGGCGACGCCGGCGACGUGUGGAACAGCACCCGAGCGACCGCCAGCGUCUCCAGCUCCACUGGCGGCUGGACAUUGCCGACCGUCGCCAAUCAGUCGGCCGAGGUGGCGCGAGUGCCUUCACCCACGACUCCGAUCCACCGCACGCCGGAACCAGCGCGUGCGGCGACGGCGGCGGCGGCGGCGGCGGCGACGGCCGUUGACUUCCCGACGGCGUCUGUCCGCCCCACGGCCGCGAACAGCUUCGGCGCGACGGUUGCCACCACUCCGACUGGCGAGGGUUCACCCGCCGGGCCGGGUGGGACAGCGGUGGUCGCGCUGGAAUCUUCCACCACCGUCGGCGCCGUGCCAACCGGAGGUCCGGAAAGCGUGGACGCUGCCGGCGCGGAGCUCCCGCCGGCUCUGCCCGUUCCACUCGCCGUGACUCGCCCUAUGCGGACGUCCACCGCCAUGGACCACCAGGGCGUGCCGACGGUGCCCCGGCCCGGCAGCAUGAGGCCCCCCACGACCGAGGAGUCGAGCCCGGAGUGCAACGGGACGACGCACGCCGGCGAGGAGCGGGACACCGCGACCCCCACAGAGGCACCGGCGGACGUGUGCCACCCCAACCCGUGCCCCGGCGGGCAACGCUGUGUCCCCGAGCCGCAGGGCGAGGAGGGGAAUUCCUCUACCCCGGGGAAUUCCUCAGCUCUCUUCACCUGCAAAUGCCCUCCCGGGUGGCAGGGACUCAACUGCACUGACGACGUGGACGAAUGCAUCGGCGACGGGACAAACCCGUGCCCCCCGUUCAGCGCCUGCCGGAACCGGCGAGGCGGCUUCGUGUGCGAGUGCCCCGUCGGCUUCUACCAGGACUACCCGCGCGGCUGCCUCGCAGCCAAAACGUUCCUAGGAAACAUCACUUUGAAGAAUUCCGUGUUCACGGCUGAGAUGGGAGACCCCGCUUCCAGCGUGUUCGUGGAACUGCAGGACAACAUCACGAGAGUGAUGAACGAGACGUUCAAGGGCAAGAACCUGUCCUACCAAGGCACCACUGUGCUCAGUGUCACGAACGGGAGCGUCGUCGUCUCUGUGCUGCACCUCUUCGCUUCGUCGUCGGCGGCCACGAACCGGAGCGUGAACGACGCCAUCCACAACUACACCGGAAGCUGCACCAACACGAGCGCCUGCGAGUUCGCGCGUGGCACCAAUUUCUCCUACAGCGAGGGUGACGUGUGCAGCCUGGCGGUGUGCGACGAGAGGAGCUCGCGCUGCGUGCAUGUUGACGGAGACGUGUCGUGCGUGUGCCGUGCCGGCUUCUUCAAGCACAGCGCCAUGGACCACGUGUGCAGAGCUUGUGAAAACGGCUACAAGCUACAUAACAACGCAUGUGUCAAGUGCCCGUUUGGUUACUACGGCCACCAGUGUGAGGAGCGUUACCUCCUCGUCGCUGUGAUCCUGGCGGCAAUGGGCGGGGGGCUCCUCGUCAACCUCGCCAUCGCUCUCUCCAUCACCUGCUACAGAAAGCGCCGCCUGGAGGCCCAGCGAGCUCGCUACAAGGACGAGGGCUUCCAGCUGUCCCCCUACGCGGAGCUGCCCCGGAUCCCCCGCGCCCAGACGGCGUGGGGGCGCGAGACGUACGAGAUGCAGGACAGCGGCAGCACGCGCAACCUGCUGCACCCCGAUGAGAGCUACAUCGCGCCGGCGUACCAGAGCUCGGUGAAGAUGGGCGAGUCGGGGCAGCCCUACUCCGUGCUGCCCCCGGGCCAGUACAUGUACGGAGGGCAGCACAAUCCGUCCUAUGUCCAUGACGACACUCGCCGGAGAGAUUACUUCUGAACGGCGACUUCGUUUUUAAAGCUUUUUGUUUUACAACCUUGCUACGACGUGCACGAUCCGCAUGUUUGUUUGUUUUUCACUCGCCAACAUUUCAGCGAAACCGCUGUUUAAUUUAUGUUGCCAGUCGUGAGCUGACUAUUUAUUUUCGUUCCUUUUCUCUUUACCUACUGAAAAACGUCUUCCUCCGUGGGUAUGAGGCAGUGUAAUGAGCAACUGUGAAAAUGAAAAAAAAUUACAGAGAAGUGAACACGUCUGUUUCUGCUUUUUUCUCUCAAUUGUGUGAGCUUUCUCACCUCUUGUUAUCGAGGAGAAUUUUAAGUCCUGGUUUCUGCAUGAAUUGGUCUGGGCCAGUGGAAUCUUGUUCUGAUUCAGACAGGAAUGUUCACUUCCUGAUCAUAUCCCACUUUGGGUUUUUUUGUAAGUUUUGGCGCUCUAAAUAGUAUUUGUAUUGUUGAUUUACGAGGAUAGACACAUUGUGGUUUUUCCCGGUGUAUCCUAAUGCGCUUGCCUUCAUGUUGCACUGCGUCAAGCGAGAUCAACCUAAGUGGUCAAAGUUUCAAAUGUUUAAGAUUUUUGUUGUUGUUUUAUUUGUGCCACAGUAUAAGCAGAAUUGUUGACAAAUCUUGAAACAAAGUAUUUAAAAAAAAAAAUUUUUGAACAUUUCACCAACAAAGAUUAGCCAAAUUGUCAGAGAAGAUCAAUCGGAUCAUCUUUUUAUCUGAUUUGCUUCAGUUUUUUUUUACGAUGUUGCCAAACUUCAGCAGAAACCACUGGUCAAUGUAUGUGGUUGUUGCCAGACACUUUAAAACGGUCUGGUGAUGAGUGGUUUAUGUUUUCACCCCGCAUCAGCUCAUUCGCUGUCCAGACAUUCACGCAAAAUGUCUAGAAAGCAUGUCCGGGUCCUGGUAUUACGAUAAUCACCCUGUAAAUAUUGCCUGCCUUGGACGUUACAGCUAUUGCUACCAAUGAAGCAUUUAUGAUUGAUUGUAUUCCUGUACGUACGCACCGCCGUGUUCACCUCUUGGAUCCAGCAAACGUGCCCACGGAGAGGGGGGGGGGGGUGGACAUUGUUAGGAUUUCGUGAGAAGACAUUCUCUAGUUCUGGGUCGUGUGU